AUGGUUCAGUAUAGCUCAGUUUGGUUUGUGGUUGGAAUGACAAUAGACAGAUACAUAGCAGUGUGUCAUCCCUCAAGUGCUUUAACAAUGUGUACAGUCUUCAUGGCAAAGGUUGCAGUGGGAAUUAUUUUGAUCGGUUUAGUUGUGACCAGUGUCCACGCUAUGUGGGUUUAUGACAUAAAUCACAAAACUGGUAUCUGUGACAUGUUUACACCAGAAAACAACCUUCAAAUCGUACAUCUUAAAAUAUGGAAUAUUCUGUCAGCAGCAGCAUAUGUAUACUUGCCUCUCAUCAUUUUACUGAUUAUCAACACACUACUAACAUGCGGUUUGUGCUUUCAACAUAGUUCGUCAUCAACAUUUACGCAUGAUAACGGUUCAACAGAAUAUACCAAUGCAGUCGUUGCAAUAUCUAUGCUGUAUUUUGCUUUAGUUUUACCCAUCACACUGUACAAUAUUGUAAUGAUAUCAUCUGGGAUACGAAUGACGGCUGACAUGUACAAUACAUUGGUGAUAUUUGAUCAUAUGCAAAGCAUAAACUUAGUAAAUGUAUUCUUUGUAUGUGUGCUAUUCUCACGUUCGUUUCGACAAGAAAUUCAUUGUAUAUAUAGACUAAUUAGAGAGAAACGUAAGCAAACGGUGGAAAUGAAUAGAUUCUCAAAUAAAGCCUUAAUUACCAAUGAAACUACCACUAUCACUACCAUGGCGAACGAGGAGGACACCUUGAUAUAA